AAAAGUCCAAUUUGCACGCUUUUGCAUGCCCCCAAUCAAAUUAUUUUCCCUCUACUUCGAUUCAUUUCCUCUGCUUCUUCAUGUUUUGAAGCUUUGCCUUUUUUCACACUCUUCUUCAUUCUAAACUCCCACUCCCUUCUUUUUCAAAUGGAUUUCUUCUUUUCACCCUGUACUUCUGACUCUGCCAUUUCCAUCUGCGGCGGCGGUGGCGGCUCCGAUUCUCUUUCCUCCCAUCUCAAAAUCAAACCCAAAAAGCCUUUUCAAAUCAGACAAUUUUCUUAUUCCGAUCUUCUCUCUUCCACUAAUUCAUUCUCUCCCGACUGUUUUUUAGGCAAAGGCAGCCACGGCGCCGUUUACAAGGCCGUUCUCGACGGCGGUAAGCUCGUCGCCGCUGUUAAACGUACCAAAUUCACAAACCCAUCUCCUAGUUUUCACUACAACUCUUGCCAAUUGCCCAAUCACACUCCCGCCGAGAACGAAAUCGAGAUCCUUUCCCGGCUUCGAAACCCCAGAAUCGUGAAUCUUAUUGGGUUUUGUGCGGAUUCAAAGGACGAGAAAUUGCUUGUCGUUGAGUUCAUGCCCAAUGGCUCUCUUUACGAUCUGCUCCAUUCCCAAUCUAGACCGCCCGGUUGGACUCGCCGACUCCGGUUUGCGUUACAGGUCGCAAAAGCGGUUCGAGCCCUUCACACGUCCAACCCGCCGGUUAUUCAUAGAGAUAUUAAGUCGUCUAACGUUUUGAUCGACGGUAACUUCAACGCGCGUCUUGGGGAUUUUGGUUUAGCGUUGAGAGGACACGUGGAAGAUGUGCGAGUGAGAUGUACGCCCCCGGCUGGCACGUUGGGUUAUCUCGAUCCCGGGUAUCUCGCACCGGCCGAUCUGAGUGUGAAGAGCGACGUUUUCAGUUUUGGGAUUUUGCUUUUGGAGAUCCUCAGUGGUCGAAAUGCUAUCGAUGUUCACCACAGUCCGCCGUCGGUCGUUGACUGGGCCUUGCCGAUGAUCAAUCAUAGUAAUUUCGAUGGCCUUUGCGACCCACGAAUCGGGUCUCCGACUGACCCGGCGGUCACUCGUUGUUUGGGAGUUCUGGCCGCUAAGUGUGUCCGGUCUCCCGUGCAGAAGCGGCCGGAUAUGGCGGAGGUGGUGGAGUGUUUGAAGGCAGCUAAGAAGAAGUUGCACGUGCCACCGAUAUGGAGCAAUUUAAGGAGGCGGGAACGACACGUGGAGAAUCUCCAGCCGUUGAUUUCGAACUUUGAUGAACCCGACGGCUGUGAUGAGCCGAUGAGGGUUUGCCGGAUGGGUAGCCGGAGGAAUCGAAAAGUGUCGAAUGUUUCGAGUACAGAGUAUAGAAUUAAGACGAAUGGGCGAGUGGUUAGAUCGAGAUCGAUGGGUUCGGUGGAAAUUAAUUCCAAUGUCGGCGGAAAUUAUUACUCUUCGUUAAGUGGCCGACGUAAACACAGCGGCGUUGCAAUGAAAAUUCCGACUAUGAAACUUAGCAAAUCGAGGUCGGUGGGAGUGUCAGAGAAUCCGAAGUUUGUUGAAUGUAAUCGGAGGGCGGGCGCGUUUUUGCCGGAAAUUGAAAUGUCGAAAUUGAUGAUUGAUUGUGAAUCUAAAUCUUAGAAAUUACAGAUGCUUGAGAAACCGUUGUUCCAAAAUUAACAAUGGAGAUGAAAGUUUAAAUUGUUUGUGAUCCAUUUUGAAUUUAUCUUUACCCAUAAUGUGAAAUGUGAAGAAUGUGAUUAUCAUUUU